UCAGGGUCGGCCGAAGCAGCCCGCAACAACACUGAAUGGUUGAAUGAGCUAGGAAACAACACAAAGCUGGUCAAGCCGCGGUUCGGCAUCGUCGUACACCGCACCCCGACAGAGAACUUCGACCUAGAGAAUGCGAACUCUCAAGCCAUUCAAAGAAUUAUGGAAGAAAACGACCUAGCCGACAAAGGCUUCCAAAUCGAAGAGUUGGCAUGGCUUAAGCGGAAAGAUAAAGUUCUGGGGAAGUUUGCGUCGCUUGGUAUCUGGUUUGACUCUGCAGAAGGAGCCGAAUACAUCCUCAACAAUGGUCUUCUUGUUGGACAAAGAUAUAUCGGUAGCCAUGGUCGUGCAAGGAAACACCACGCUGUGGACAUUGUGCAGGUCAACACGAGCGGCAACGAUGCCCCCCAGGGAUCAGGGCUAGAUGCCUGGAUUGUAGCGGCGAACACCCAACUGGUGACCGACAGUUUGAACAUCAUGAAGUCGGGACCUAGGAUGGAAGCACUCAUCAACGACCACCAAACCCAAAACUUGGAUGUACUUCUGAUCCAAGAACCCUCGAUCACCACCUACCAAACACAUGUCAACCACAGCGCCUGGCGGCUAUACCGACCAACCCUCGAGACCAACGCAGAUCGAUUCCGAAGUCUAAUCUACGUCAACCAGCGAAUCUCAACGUCUUCACACCGGCAGAUUCUUUGCGAUCACCCAGAUAUUGCCGCCGUCAAGAUCUGGACAACCGACACUCAACUCCUCCUCUUUUCUGUUUAUAUCCCAUCUGUCCCGCUGUGUACGCCAGAUGAUACGUCGGCGGAACCAGCAUUCACCGCCAUCCAAAACACGAUCACAGCUGCUCUACGCGAUGGUCGACGAUCCACAAGUGUCGUCCUCGCAGGAGACUUUAACCGCCAUCACCCAAUCUGGGGCGGUAACCACAUCCAACCGCGACUUAUCGAAGAAGCAAGCGACCUUAUCACCUUCUUCCAUGCCAAUGGUCUAUACAGCUGCCUCCCCCGGGGGACAGCGACAUACUGGGCUCUGAAUGACCCCGGUAGGAACUCCACUAUUGACCAGACGGUGACGAACCGACCAGACCUACUCAUCAAAUGCCAUCUCUACCACGACAACUACGGGUCGGACCACCGUGCCACGUACUCGGAAUGGAAUCUCCAAGCUCAGUGUAAGCCCGCCACCAAGGCAAGGAAAGCGUUCGACCGAGCGGAAUGGAACAAGAUCGGCGAGGAGGUGUUGCGGCAAAUCGGUCCGUGGAAGGAAAUCAGAACACGACCAGCACUAGACGAGAUGGUGCAGAAACUCAGAGAAACAACAACCGCAGCCGUAGAUCGGUAUACGCCUGAUGUACGCCCGACUCCAUAUUCCAAGCGAUGGUUUACCCCGGACCUCAAGGUUCAACAAACCAAGGCCAACCAGCUUCGCCGAAAAUGGCAGGAAUCCUGUGCCCAACUUGAACGAGAACAUUUCUCAUCUAUAACCCUCUUCCGAGAGAUGCAAGAAAAACGCCGGGCGUGGACCCGGGCCAUUGAGAAAGCUAAAGCAUCACACUGGAGACAAUUCCUUGACGAGGCAGGGGAAGGGAAACUUUGGAAAGCGGCCACCUACAUGAAACCCCGAGAUGCCUGGGGGUGUACCCCAGCGCUGCAGGUCUGUACGAGCGAGCUAACUGGGAAUGAAGAGAAAGCGCAGGCCUUCCUGGACUCCUUCUUCCCCGAAAUGAAUACGCCCUGCGACAGUCUACCAACCUCAACACCACUAGAGCUCCCGUGGCAACCCAUCACUGAGCUAGAGAUCCAACGAUCUCUCAAAGCCGCUAAAGGAACCACCGCACCGGGAGAUGAUAAUCUGCCGAUGCUCGUGUGGAAACAACUAUGGGUAUACCUAAAGGGCAUCAUCACCAACAUUUUCAACACAUCUAUGACUCUAGGCUACCACCCCAAGCAAUGGCGGAACGCGAAGAUCGUGGUACUGAGGAAGCCCGGAAAGCCAAAUUAUUCAGUCCCCGGGGCCUACCGCCCGAUCUCACUGCUCAACACACUAGGCAAGCUUCUCGAGGCAGUAGUAGCCCGUCGACUUUCAUAUCUCACAGAAAAGCAUGGCCUGCUACCAGACACCCAAUUCGGUGGGCGCCCGGGAAGAACCACUGAACAAGCAUUGCUGGUACUCUUGAACGCGAUCGAUUGGGCGUGGUACAAAAACAAAGUGGUUACUCUCGUUUCAUUCGACCUAAAAGGAGCUUUUAACGGGGUCAACCAAACGAGCUUAGAUGCUUGCCUGCGGGCUAGGAGAAUCCCCACAGUCGCAAGAAAAUGGAUCGCAAGUUUUAUGAGCGACCGCUAUGCUAGCAUAGGAUUCGACGACUUCCGCACAGAGUUAGCACCACUAGCGAACGCUGGACUCGCACAAGGAUCACCUCUCUCCCCGAUUCUGUUCACAUUCUUCAACUCCGAUCUAGUCGACCAACCUGUUACCUUUCAUGGUGGCGCAUCAGCCUUUAUCGACGACUACUUCCGCUGGCGAGUAGGGCGCUCGGCAGAGGAGAACCUAGCCAAAAUACAGUCCGAAGAUAUCCCCCGCAUCGAAGCGUGGGCGCAGCGAACUGGGUCCUGCUUCGCAGCCGAGAAGACCGAACUCAUUCACCUGACCCGAAAAAGAGGAGAACACUUGCAGGGCCAUAUUACCGUGAAUAGCACGACCGUCAAGCCAUCGCCCAUGGCUAAGCUGCUAGGCGUGAUCUUCGACCAGGAGCUGAGAUGGAAGGAGCAUGUGCAACAAACGCGCAACCAAAGUCAUUAUUGCCUUGAACGGACUGCGACACCUUCGCCCAGAGCAGAUGCGACAACUCUACCAGGCAUGUCAUUCAGAACAGUGGCCACCACGACCUUGGAAGUGGAAGCACACGUUCUCCCCACCCACCUGCGUCUCCGCCACCGAGCCCAGAGGACCAUCGCUAGCCUCCACACUCUACCACGGGAUCACCCCAUCUGGAGUGCGCUCUCACGAGCCCAGAAACGCAGGAAUAAUAUCGGCUCGUACGCUCGCUUCCCGCUCGCGGAAGCGAUGAAGACCAUGAAUAUCGAGAGGCUAAACGAAUUGGAGACCAUCGACCCACGACCACUACCGCCGUGGCGUCUCGAUCCCUUCGCUGAGAUUGAGAUCGAGUCUGAUCGCGAGACAGCGGCACAGAAAGCCGAGACCACUCGCUCAACAUCCGACGUUGUUGUCUACUCUGACGCCUCUGGUCGACAGGGCCACCUAGGCGCUGCCGCUGUUGCACUCGACAAUAACCAAGUCAUACUCGAGGCGCAGCAGGUCCAAGUAGGACCGAUGAGCGGCUGGUCUGUCCACGUAGCGGAGCUCAUAGGCAUCUUCUACGCGAUCAGUGUAGUGUUUAGGACCGCCCACCAACACUUGAGAACAGCAGAGAGGCAACUAACAGCUACGAUCCUGUGCGACAGCCGGUCCGCCCUGCAGGCGGUUCAAAGCGUGAGAAACAGAUCAGGACAACGCAUCGUUCACGCAAUCCUCCAGGCUGGCGCCGAGGUUCUAGCGGUGGGAAUCGCCCUCCGCCUUCAAUGGAUGCCAGGGCAUUGUGACAAUCCUGGAAACGACGCUGCAGAUCGAUUAGCAAAGGACGCCGCCAGCCCAGGCAAAACCCGUCCUUUCCGCCCGCUCCUCACCAGAGAGAGGGCGUUCAUCCGUCGGAACAUCUACUCUCAGUGGGAACACGAAUGGAAAUCAUCCACCAAGGGUGGUCACUUACGAAAGAUCGAUAACACCCUGCCAGCAAGCUACACUAGGAGGCUAUACGGGAACCUGCCGAGAAACCGCGCGUACCUCUUGACGCAGCUGCGCACGGGCCACAACUGGUUAUCCAGCUACCGCAAGAAUGUUGGUUAUAGUGACGACGACCAGUGCGCAUGCGGCGCACAAGAAACAGUCACCCAUGUGCUGUCACAGGGCUCAUUGGCUGUGAGGGAGCGCAAGUCUUACAUCGCUGGGCUCGUGGCAGCGACAGCCGUGGUCACGGAAUCUCUGAAGUCCUUGUUUUCGCAGCUCUUCCCUGCGAGGAUUGUUGUUGGCGCUGACCCAUCCUGCAAAGCACCUUUUUACACUCGCGGGGCUCGUGGCAGCGAGGGAGCACAUUCUUACAUCGCUGGGCUCGUGGCAUCGACAGCCGUGGUCACGGAAGCUCUCAAGCCCGCAGGCAAGAGAGGGACACUUUGA